AUGGCGGUCUCUAAAAAGCUUGUGCUCGAGGAGAUGUCGGCGAUACCGGCAGACUCCGUCGCGAGAGCGCAGGAGUACCUGAAGCUCAUCCAGGGGACCCAGGACCCUAACCUCAUCUUUCUGCACUGCUACCACAUCAUGAAGCUCGGAGGACUCGACGCAGAGGUCCCUAGGCUCGUUGUGUUCGGGCAGCAGUCGAUGGGGAAGACGACGGUGCUGGAUUUCAUCAUGGGGGGGCCUAUCGGAUACUCGAGCACUGACACCGGCACCAAGCAGCCCGUGGUCAUCAUAAUGCGUCCUCUGGAGGUUAUAAUGGAGGUUGCCGCCGCGCUAAAGGUGCAAAUCGACCCCGCGAACUUGAAGGGAGGCACCAUAUGGUGUCUGUUCGACGGGAAGCUGAUGGACAUUCGCAGUGUGCAGGACGCCAUGCGCUCGCACAUGCAAUCCAUCGGGGAUCGCAUCCUGGCUGACGAGUUGGAAGUCGAAGUGUUCGUGCCCAACGGCGUCAACGCCAUUUUCGUGGACCUUCCAGGUAUCAAGGACGACUCGAAAACAGGCGCGGAAUUCACCAGGAACGUCGUCCGCAACUAUGUGAAAAACAACCCCAAUGACCUGUACCUCUUGGUCAAGAAGAGCUCCGACGAUCCCGCAAACUGGCCAUGGUCGCUCAAGGAGUUCAUUACGACGGCGCCUCCAACAGGUCUGGGUCUUUCUCCGCACCAGACCAUCGUCGUCGGCACCCGUGCCCGCGAGUUCCUCAUCAACGAGAAGACCGACAUCAGGACGGUGGAACAGCUCAUGGACCGCGUUCUGAAACGAACCAUCACGGAUUCUAAGGGUAACAUCCUGCCGCUGCACCUGCUCGAGUUGUUCUCGCUGAGCAUUGAGGCCAAGGAGUCGGGCGACUUCCUUGCCAACAAGCGUGAGAUGAAGCGCCAAAUUGCCAAAGGCCAUGAGGAGGUGGAAAACAUGAUCCGAACGUCGUUCGAAGUUACAAAUGACGCCGUUGGAAGGGAUGGUAUGACCGUAGUUGAUCGGCUUUUGCAAAUGUUUAGCAUCAAUGGGUUCCUCACCACACUUGAUACCAGGUACCAGGCGCUCGUGGCGACGACGUUCCGGAACCUCGAACGCAGACUGGUGCGCAAAAAGAUGGAACUAGAACGCAGCAUGCAGUCCCUAGAGCAACGCAUGAACCGUCUCAGCCCUCAAAGCAUCCGGGAAUCCGUCUCGCUUUUCAUCCGACAGUUCGUCGAGGUCGUGCAAAAGAUGAUAACUGGUAAUUACACCAUUAUGAAGCUGCCAGUGGCGCCGGAAGAGUUCCUGAAGUACUACGGAGGUAGUCUCAGGGACAACCUGGAGGACGGUAACGAGCUCGCGCUCAACCUGUUCCCGCAGCGUGACCUCUACGAACCCGACUUCUACGAGAAGAUAUCGAAGCGCACAGAAACGCUUUUCAACAAGAAACUGACUAUGAUGGACAGCGUAAAACCGGGUAGGUACGUGAGGUACUUCACCAGCAAGAUCAACGCCCACAUGUUCGGACUGAUAGAGCCCCCGAGGAGAAAUAAAUCAAACUCCUCCGACGGCAUCGAAAACUACAUCUCGAAUGAAUACAAGUCCGACGAAAUGAUCAAUGUGGAGUUCAUCCAAAUCAACAACGGUCAGGAGAACUCGCUACACAAAAAUAUAGACCGGAGCAGGAUCAGUCUGCUGACGCCGUUGCCAUCGGUGUCGGUCGACCAGAUGCAGGUCCCGCUUUACGCCUGGCACAAGACGCUGUCGAGCACUGGGUGGGUCCUGGUGAGGCCCAUCGUCAUAGACCGUCUUCCACCUGAGAUAAUCGUACAGAAGUCCAACUACCGAGAAAUCGAGAUCGCCAGCAAACAGAUCGCCUUCAGGUACCUGGACGUGGCGGAUAAUAAUUAUUCCGACGACGUCGAUGUGGAUACCGUGACUGAAAAGGUAGCUAACGCCAGCAUCAAGGGCGCGGCUGCUAAGGAAAACGAAAAGAACACCAAGGCUGAAGCUGACAAGAACUCGCGUGACGGUGAUAAAUCCGCCCGUGCGAACGAGAAGGGAGGUAAGGAGGCCGAUAAGGCCUCAACAGCCAGUGCUGCCGGUGAGAAGGAUGCGAAGAACAAUCGCUACGUGUACUUCACGACGUGUAGCGAGAUCUUCCUCGAGGAUCCGAAGGUGGUACCUUACUACAACAGCGCCCUGGAGAUGGUCAGCGGUGAGCACGCUGAGGCCCAGCUGCUCAAUCAACUGGCGAUCACCAACAUCUGCCACUGGCUCAAGUUCCAGAUCAAGCACAUGGAGCCCGACAGGCACUUCACCAGCGAGGUCAUAUACCAGAUGCUCAGAAGCGUGCACCACGUGGUGGACCGCGCCGACUGGGAGCCCCUGAUCGCCGACCUCGUGCAGUCGAACGUGCGCGGGGCUCUGUUACACGCAGCAAGACUGUCGGCUUGCGCUGCUGCCGCUGCGCUUCGUAGGGUGCUUAAAGCAGCACUGGCGGAAGUGUUCCGCUGCAUCCAGCAAUCGGAGUGCGGACAGACGCUGUACUGCCUCAGCGAAAGCCUGCACUUCCAGGAACAGAUCGACCAGCUGUCUGAGGAGUAUUGCCGCCAGAAGGCCACCGACUGCGCCGGAGCCAUGAUGAACCUGAUUCUGGAGCAGACCUACUCCAUUCAGUUCGACGUUGCAGUGGACAUCUUCGACUACUGCUACCAGUUCGAGAAGUACAUCGUAGGCCGCGCCGGCCACCGAAGCCUGAUGGGCGAAGCGCUGUACCGCGUGCGUGAGAAUUUCGCGAUGAGGAAGCGCAGACUUGCUAUGACCGAUAUUUUCGAGAAGUCCGACGCGAAGACAUCGCUGGAGCUCAUUUACGAGGAGGUCAAGGUGCAGUUCUGGGCCACGAAAAUGUUGCUCGCGUCGCCCCUCGCUACUAAGAUAUACACCCACUUCAUCAAGGACGUUGUGGACCGCAUGGGCAACGAAAUUCACGACCCCUCCGCCAGCAACGAGGCGGAGCUCGAGGCCUUCCUGCAGAAGAACAUUCUCUACGAGUCCGUCGACGGCAACUGGGUGCCGAGGUCGAACAACCGCAUGUCGCAGGACUACGACGUGAACUCCAAGUACGACCGUUUCGCGCAACACUUCCAAGAAACCAAGAACUCGCUGGAGUACAUCACUAUAGCCUUGGAGGCCAUAGCUGCCAUGAAACGCGCCGAAGGCGGGCCCGAGUUCGUCACCAACCUGGACAAGGACCUCCUGGGGGCGUGA